AGCAUCGCAGUGUGUGACAGGGCUGCAGAAUACAGUCGUCCAUCUACAGAUCGAGACACGGAGCAGCCGUUAAGACGCCCAAACCGAAAGUUUGAUGUUUCCUGAGAAAACCUGCUGGGACCUUCUGCGGGGAACAACCCGGGGAGCUCACUGAUGUCUGGAGUCUGACAGCCUCCCCUCGCCAGUUGUCUGUGUUUCCAUGACAGAUGACGGACUACAAACAGCUUCUGCUCAAUUCCAGUACUUUGCAGUUUAUUGUAAAAGGACUUUGAAAAAAGUAAACAGCAUGGAAUCUCUGAGUAUGCAAAGUGUCAAAUGAUCAAGGACAAAACAGUCAGUAAUGGAGGAUCUGCCUGUAAAAAGAGAAGGAAUUGGUGCUACAGACUGUCAGGAGGAAGACUCUCCUUUUUAGGAUGGUCAGAGACAGUCCUAACAGCACAGUAGUACGUAACCAAGAGCAGAACCAAGUGGCUGAAACACAAAACCAAAGUCAACUCCCUGAAGAAACUGCUGGGCCUGAACAAUCACAGACCACCGAGAGAGUUGAACCAGAGAGCCAGCAGCCCAAAUUACUGUUGUGGAGAAGACUUGACUUCGAGGAGGAAUCUGAUUCCUGCAGCCAGUCAGCGACUGGAGCUGAUGCCGACAGCUUGCCCACACACUUUCGUCCUUUCAACAGCCAAGAGGAGUAUAAACUUGUGAAACACACCCACCGCCAGCUCCAACACAGCGGUUACUAUUGGGGACCGAUGUCCAUGGAGAAGGCACAUGAAAUACUCGCACAUGCACCCCAGGGAACGUUCCUCAUAAGGGACAGCGGCCAGCCAGAUGUCUUCUUUACGCUGAGCUACCAAAGUGAACACGGCCCAACUAGUGUCCGUGUCCAGCUGAACAACCUUCUCUUCAAUCUUUUCGGCAGCCACAAGACUUUCCCUUCUUUCUUUGCCCUGCUCGCUUGUUACACCAGCUCUAAGCUGACAAAACCUUAUCGCAAGCAGCGCCCAGAGCAGCUGAAGCAGAUAUGCAGGAGGGCUUUUAUACGCACAUAUGGAGCAGAAAGGACAGACACCAUCCCUAAACUCAGCCCUGAGGUUAAUGCCUAUAUUCAUGCAUAUCCUUAUUUUACAUAGGCACACCUGUGGGGAAAAAGUACCUUUUGCUGUAUGUUGAAGUCGGUUGUAUUAUAAAUUUAAAUUGGUAUGUUUUUUUUUGUUGUUUUUUUUUAAAUCUAAGGUUAUUUGCACGUAUUAUUCAAAUUGUAUCCAAUUUAUAUUGAGUAUGCACCACACAUUUUAUCUUUUCUGCUGCUGUUUAAAGCUCCAUCAGUUUAUGGUCGGCCAUUUUUAAUAAAAAUAAAUAUAAUCAUGUUACCAGUUUACCAUUUUAUGACAAACUUUUAGGUGAAUGUUAGGUGUUAGAUGGUAACUCGUAAUAUAAUCCCUCUCUCAGUUUUGUAUGUAAAAGCUUAGUGCAGUUACAAUUGGGUAGAUGUGUGAUUUCCUCCAUAGAGAUGCAUUCAAUGUCUCUUUUAUGUCGUGUAAACAAAAGGUUUAUGUGAGAAAUACCAAAUGUUCACUGGAACAAACAACAGCCACUCAACAUUUUCUUUUUUGAUGAGUUCCAAAAGGAGUAGGGUCAGGGUUAUUUUAAUAACGCACUAUGCCACUGAUGUGCCUCACAUAGUAUUUGGUUGAUAAUGGCAGCAGACUUUUAGAAAUCUACAAUCUUUGUAAAGUGUGUUAAGUUUGCUCAUUGUACUACAAUGCCUUAUUUGAAUAUCAGAUUUCACAUGUAUGUACUUUGCAUUUUAAGCAAAAUAAUUGUUUUUUUCCUGAAGAACAGGUCAGUUGUGUUGUUGUCUUUAUGUGUUGAUUAGUUGAAACUCAGUUAUUAAAAACAGUCAGCCUAAAAGGCCAACAGGGCAUUCAGACCAAUUAUUAAACAUGCAGAUGUUUUCUGUUAAAUUACAUGAGGUAUUUGAUUUAAGUUAUUAAUCGUUGCAGUUUUAAAAUCUGAUGUAGUGCUCAACACUCCUUUUACAUGUGUAGUUAUUGACUGCUUUUUAAAGUGAUACGUGAAGCUGUUGAAUGUUUCUUUUCAAAACUUGAAUGUGAGCUGAAUUAAAAUAUUU